AGGAACACUUUAUGCCGCACUAUUUAAUUGUCAUCGAAAAACAGUUGCGCUCCCUUUUCAUCAGCAGAGGAGCCAAAGUCUCUCUCUCCUCUCUCUCUCGAAUUUCUCUAUCAGAGGGCAAACCAAAAACCCUAGUCAGCAGCUUCCUGCAAAUUCGUAGAUUUGAAUUGCGAUUGUAUUCGCAGCGUACCAGGUAGUUAAUUGAGAGGCUGUAUACCAAUUUUCCAGGUGCAUCCAUGGCACUCCUUUUACAAAUGGGUUCAUCGUACUGCAUCCGUACUGAGAUAUUUCGGCAUAAAUGUGGACAAAAUGUGGGUUUGAGUAGGGCAAACAAUAUAGAGGCAGCCAAGUUGAAGGAAAAUUGCAUUGGCUUGUCUUCCGUGUCAUGUUACCCUUCUAGGAAGACACAGAUUUUGCAUGUAGACGAGGCAGUACUAGGACAUAAACGAGGGCAUAGUGUGAUAGUUGCUGCAAGUCCUCCCACAGAAGAUGCAGUAAUUAUUACAGAGCCUCUGACGAAAGAGGAUCUUGUAGGGUAUCUUGCCUCUGGAUGCAAGCCUAAGGAAAAUUGGAGAAUUGGUACAGAGCACGAGAAGUUUGGUUUUGAGCUAAAAACCUUACGUCCUAUGAAAUAUGAACAAAUAGCUGAGUUGCUUAAUGGAAUUUCUGAGAGAUUUGAUUGGGAGAAAGUCAUGGAAGGCGACAAGAUUAUUGGACUCAAACAGGGUAAGCAAAGCAUAUCGCUGGAGCCCGGAGGCCAAUUUGAGCUUAGUGGUGCACCUCUUGAGACUCUACAUCAGACUUGUGCUGAAGUCAAUUCACACCUUUAUCAGGUUAAAGCAGUUACAGAGGAAAUGGGAAUCGGAUUUCUUGGAAUUGGUUUUCAGCCAAAAUGGAGGAUUAAGGACAUACCUAUAAUGCCCAAGGGAAGAUAUGAGAUUAUGAGAAAUUACAUGCCAAAAGUUGGCACGCUUGGACUUGAUAUGAUGUUCAGGACUUGCACUGUACAGGUUAAUCUGGAUUUCAGUUCUGAAGCAGACAUGAUAAGAAAAUUUCGUGCUGGUCUUGCUUUGCAGCCUAUAGCAACAGCUCUAUUCGCAAAUUCACCUUUCACUGAAGGAAAGCCAAAUGGUUUUCUGAGCAUGAGAAGUCAAAUUUGGACUGAUACUGACAACAAUCGCACUGGCAUGCUUCCUUUUGUUUUUGAUGACUCCUUUGGGUUUGAACAAUAUGUUGAUUAUGCUCUUGAUGUUCCCAUGUACUUUGUUUAUCGGAAAAAGAAGUACAUCGACUGUACUGGAAUGACCUUCCGGGACUUUUUGGCAGGAAAGCUGAGCUGCAUUCCGGGUGAAUUGCCAACCCUGAACGAUUGGGAGAAUCAUUUAACAACUAUAUUUCCUGAGGUCAGGCUGAAGAGAUACUUGGAGAUGAGGGGUGCUGAUGGAGGGCCUUGGAGGAGAUUAUGCGCUUUGCCAGCAUUUUGGGUAGGUAUACUGUAUGAUGAGGUUGCCCUACAGAAUGUGUUAGACAUUACAGCUGAUUGGACCCCUGAAGAAAGACAGAUGCUGAGAAAUAAGGUCCCCAUAACUGGUCUAAAGACACCAUUUCGGGAUGGGUUGCUCAAGCAUGUCGCCCAAGAUAUCGUAAAGUUGGCAAAGGAUGGCCUGGAAAGAAGAGGCUUUAAGGAAUCUGGGUUCUUGAAUGAGGUGGCCGAGGUUGUCAGAACCGGUGUAACACCAGCUGAGAGGCUAUUGGAAUUGUAUAACGGGAAGUGGGGACAACAAAUAGACCCUGUUUUUGAGGAGCUACUUUACUGAGGUGAGGCACUUCAGCGGGGUCAUUUUGCAUGUAAACCUUGCAAAUUUUCAGGUGUAAUCUUUAGGUUUUUUUUUAAGCUGCUUUCAGUUUGUGAUUACAGAUGUACCUUUCUACAGGAAUAAUUUGUGAUGUAAAUCUUAGGCAUGAAGUUUCGUUUCUAAUUUGGACCAAACAUUGUCAGAUCAUUGUUCCAGUAUAUUCUUGGAAGGUUGAAAAUAAUUGAAACUUCUUGAGAUGAAUUCAUUUGUAUAACCUGACGGCAUGUUGUGGGAAAGAAAGUGAACAGAAGUUCAUUUUGUUGCA